CUCCUGUACAGUGCUGGUGAGAAGAGGUGGGGAACGGAUGAGACCAAAUUCAUCGAGAUUCUAAGCACCAGCAGUUUUGCUCAGCUCAAGCUCACAUUUCAGGAGUACCAAAAACUUAGUGGACACCGGAUGGAGGAUACUGUGCUUAACGAAACAUCGGGCGACUUUGCCCAGCUGCUUCUGGCCGUAGUGAAGUGUGCAAAUAAUGCCCCUGCCUUCUUUGCUGAAAAACUGAACAAAGCCAUAAAGGGACCUGGAACUGAUGAAAUCACAGUGACCAGAAUUCUAGUAUCCAGGUCAGAAAUCGAUCUUCUGGAUAUUCGACACGAAUACAAGAACCUCUUUGGAGAAUCUCUGUAUUCUGCUAUUAGUUCGGAUAGUUCCGGGGAUUAUCGGCGCACCUUGCUCAAGAUUAUUGGUGGGGACGACUGAUGAGGCCGACUCUGGCUGACAGCACUUGUUUCCCGCUGCUUUCACCAGUUCAUAGAGCUUCUUAGAUAUAUUUAAGCAAGUUUCCAGUCCUCCUUUCAAUUAUUUUUUAAUUAGGUAUCAUAACAGACAGAUGUUUUACUGCAGACACUAUCUUAAGCCCCUGGAUGACACUGAUUUCAUCACACACCGUGGAUUUGGGAUGAAAUCUGCACUCACAGGCCAAUAAUCUGCCAGAAAUUAACCAACCCUGGAAAUUUGGGAUCUGGAUGCAGUUAAGAUACAACAGUGUCUUGUGCAAGUCCAGCGACUGUCUAGGAACUGCUGUGUCUUGAACUGAGCUAUUCUUGAAUUGCUGUUGUGUUGUUUUAGCUUUACAAAGGGGUUUCCUGUAUUUUGCAUGCAACGCAUAGCUACCUCAAAGGAUUCAUUUGUAUUCCAGACCUGAAGUGCCUUAAACGGUUGUUUAAGAAAUAAUUUGGAAAAGUGCCAUGGACCACAGGGGAACAUGAAUCUAGAACCUGCCCACAACUCUUUAAAGCAGCUGCAUUGAUGCAGCUGCUUUAAAGUUGCAGUCAGGUUCUAGGUUUGUCUUCUUGCAAUCUCUGGAAACAUCUUUUUCUGGAGUCAAUUCUCAAAAGGGACUGGCUAAAAUAGCAUCAGUGGCCCAUUCCUCUUAUCUUUAUUUAGAGCAGGGGUUUCUAACCAUAUGGACUUCAACUCCCAAAAUUCCUCAGCCAGCAUGUCUGACUGAGGAAUUCUGGGAGUUGAAGUCCACAAGUCUUAAAAGUUGCUACAGUUGGAGUCCCCAGCCUUAGAGGACUCAAACUUAAACUAUUAAAAAAAAUUGCCUUUUAAAACAAAUAAUAAGAAGGGCCAAAACCUUUCCAAAGAGGUUAGAAUAGGCAUGAUAUAAGUAUUAAUAUUGACAAAAUUUCUGCCAUUUUUGCCAUGUUGUUUUAUUGAAACCAUAACGUAAGAAGUUGUGAUGAUAGCCAACACUUGGAAAAGACACUAACCCAUCAUACACCUGAUAUGAACACAAAGCACACGUUCAUGGUGAAGAUAAGCCAUUGAUACCCUCAUUUUGGCUCUAUGGAGGAGCUCCUAGUUUUGGUUUACGGCAGGGAUGUCAAACUCGA